GAAGGAAAGAAGAAAGGGAGGGGAGGGAAGAAUCGAGGACAGACGGCCUAGCCAGGCCAAGAAUUCAAUUGCCCCGGUGGUGGGAGCUGGAAGACCCUUGUGCUUGGACGGGACAGGGUCAGGGGACACGCAGGAUGAGCCCCGCGACUACUGGCACCUUCUUGCUGACAGCUUUUUUAUUAAGCUGUGCUGAUGGCAUAAAUGGAACAGUUAACUGGAAGACCAGACAGGCCAACAGUUUUAUUAUCAGCAGAAAAGUGGCUGCUGGGAAGAAAGAUGUGUACACUAUUUUCUCCAAGGUGCACUCUGAUCGGAAUGUAUACCCAUCUGCUGGAGUCCUCUUUGUUCAUGUUUUGGAAAGAGAAUAUUUUAAAGGGGAAUUUCCACCAUAUCCAAAACCUGGUGAGAUUAGUAAUGACCCCAUAACAUUCAACACAAAUUUAAUGGGUUACCCAGACCGACCUGGAUGGCUUCGGUACAUCCAGAGGACUCCUUAUAGUGAUGGAGUGCUGUAUGGGUCUCCAACAGCUGAAAGUGUGGGGAAACCAACAAUCAUUGAGAUAACGGCUUACAAUAGGCGUACCUUUGAGACUGCAAGACAUAAUUUGAUCAUUAAUACAAUGUCGGCAGAAGAUUUCCCACUACCAUAUCAAGCAGAAUUCUUCAUUAAAAAUAUGAAUGUAGAAGAAAUGUUGGCCAGCGAGGUUCUUGGAGACUUCCUUGGGGCAGUGAAAAAUGUGUGGCAACCGGAGCGUCUCAACGCCAUAAACAUCACGUCAGCUCUGGACAGGGGCGGCAGGAUUCCACUUCCCAUUAAUGACAUGAAGGAGGGAGUCUAUGUCAUGGUUGGUGCCGAUGUCCCAUUUUCUUCUUGUUUACGAGAAGUCAAAAAUCCACAGAACCAACUGAGAUGCAGUCAGGAAAUGGAACCUGUAAUAACAUGUGAUAAAAAAUUUCGCACUCAAUUUUACAUUGACUGGUGCAAAAUUUCAUUGGUUGAUAAAACAAAGCAAGUGUCCACCUAUCAGGAAGUGAUUCGUGGAGAGGGGAUUUUACCUGAUGGUGGAGAAUACAAACCCCCUUCUGAUUCUUUGAAAAGCAGAGACUAUUACACGGAUUUCCUGAUUACACUGGCUGUGCCCUCGGCAGUGGCACUGGUCCUUUUUCUAGUACUAGCUUAUAUCAUGUGCUGCCGACGGGAAGGAGUGGAAAAGAGAAACAUGCAAACACCAGAUAUCCAAUUGGUCCAUCACAGUGCUAUUCAGAAAUCUACCAAGGAGCUUCGUGACAUGUCUAAGAAUAGAGAGAUCGCAUGGCCACUGUCGACGCUGCCUGUGUUCCACCCUGUAACUGGGGAAAUCAUCCCUCCUCUCCACACAGAUAAUUACGAUAGCACUCACAUGCCACUGAUGCAAACACAGCAGAACUUGCCACAUCAGACUCAGAUUCCACAACAGCAGACUGCAGGUGAGUACUCAAAUUAAUAAGCUGAUGUUUAUUGAUGAAGCUAAUAGAUUAAUAAAAGAUAAUUAUGGUGAUAUAUAAUGUAUGAAGCUUUACCAGCUAAGGCAAAAACAGUUGUGUCAUUCCUUAAUCAGAGUUAGAACUUCAACCCAAAUGCUGAAGAAUUGUUUAGAUUAUUGCAUCAAUUGGUACCAGAGUGAUAAGCACAGGGUAAAUGAUCUUAGAGCAAAAACAUUCAUGGAGGUCCUGCCUAAUUAAGGAAGACUGAAUGAAAUCCCUUUCCUUUAGCCAAGCUCCUUAUUCUUCCCAUUGGUCUGAAAGAUUGUUAGCUUGGAUGCAUCAGGAUUUGUCUCAAUAAGUGAGCAGCUUGAA